AUGGUUUUACCACAAGGAACUCUACAGAAUCGUAAAAACAAAAAGUCUAAUGGAAUUGAUACUACCGGAAGAAAACAUAUAUUUACAAUAAGAGGAACCUCUUAUCCCCAAUUACGACGAGCAAGCAAUGCCAAAAAAUCAACAAAUUGUAAAUAUUGCGAUAAAAAUGACAACUACAUAGAUAUCCUUGAAGCUCGUUUAAAAGACAUAGAUAAAGUUGUCGAUAAUUUAGCCGAAAUUAUUUCAAGGAACAGCAACUCUGAUUUGAAUAAAAAUUAUCUUUCAUCAAGUUUACAUCUUUCAACAAUU